AUGGUCACAGCUCGGAAGCUAAGACCCUAUUUCUUGUCACACCACGUGGUGGUUCGAACUGCCUUACCUUUCAAACAAGUGCUGGGGAGGCCAGAUCUUUCAGGACACAUGGUGAAAUGGGCCGUGGAGUUAGGGGAAUAUGAUGUGGAUUAUGAGCCAAGGAUGGCUAUUAAGGUCCAAGCCCUUGCGGAUUUUAUUCAAGAAACUACUCGUCGCCCUGUACAAGAGUUUUGGGUGGCUUUCGUGGAUGGAUUGGUUACAAAAGAAGGAUGUGGGAUCGGAGUGUAUAUCAUUUCUCCGGGAUCAGAGGUAUUCCAAUUCGCUAUUAAAUUCACUUGUAAGAUAUCCAACAACGAAGCCGAGUAUGAGGGCGUGGUCAGAGCAGCGCAUAUUUUGUCAGAGUUGCGGGCGGAAUGUGUCAUCAUCAGAACUGACUCACAAUUGGUAGCUCAACAACUCUCGGGAGGAUAUCACAUUAAAGAGGAUCGGAUGCGGGCAUAUCAUAGUAAAAUUGUUGAAUUAAAGAAAAAAUUCGUGGAAUUCAGAAUAGAACAGAUCUCUCGAGAGGAAAACACCCGGGCAGACUUAUUGGCACGGGUUGCCAGUGUAGUGGAGCAAACGUGGAAUGAUGAGAUUACGCUGCUCUGCGACACCAGAGAAAUGAGGACCUCCCAAGUUUUUGCAGUGGAAAUUCGGGAUGAUUGGCGGGCUCCAAUUAUACACUUUCUCAUAACAGGGGAACGAUUGAGCAGAGAGUCCAAUCAGAGGGCUCGAUACGAGAACUACUGCCUGAACAAUGACCAACUCUACAAGCGCUCCUUCACCCAUCCCUUACUGAAAUGUUUAUCUCCUGAGGAGGCUAACUUUGCUUUGACAGAAAUUCAUGCAGGUUGUUGCGGUGGGCACACGGGAUUCAGGGAUCUUAUACGAAAAACCUUUCGGGCAGGAUUCUAUUGGCCAACCAUUACUAAUGACGCCAGAGAAUUCGUUCGCAAAUGCGAGGCUUGUCAGAGGCAUGCCGGCAGGAUUAAUAUUCCAGGGGAGACUAUGGGAAUAAUGUAUGUUGUUUGCCCGUUUGACAAAUAG